AUCUAUAGUUAGAAUAGCACACGACUUUAGAAGACUAGUGUUCAACUGUAGAAACCGGGCUUUGGAGCACAGAAUAGGAAGCCAAUUUUCCAACAUUAUCUCUCUAUCUCUUUCACACAACUCACUGCGCCUAGUGAGAGAAAUCCUAGUCCUUCAACAAUGGCCGCUCUUCAGAGCUCAUUUACGUCGUUAAAUCUCGGCACCAGUUCCUUCCUUGGCCAACGCGUCACUCCCUCCCUCCAUCUGCCUCUUGUUAAGUCAACAGAGCAGCCAAGUUCAAUUGUCGCAAAGCUUAAACGAUGGGAGCGGAAAGAGUGCAAACCAAACAGUCUACCAGUGCUACAUAAAAUGCACGUUAAACUUGGAGAUACUGUAAAAGUCAUUUCCGGAAAGGACAAAGGUAAAGUUGGUGAGGUUAGCAGGAUUAUCACGCAUAACAGCAGCAUUGUAAUUAAAGAUAUUAACUUGAAGACAAAGCAUGUUAAGAGCAAGGGGGAGGAUGAACCAGGGCAGAUAAUCAAGAUCGAAGCCCCUAUUCACAGCUCAAAUGUUAUGCUAUAUUCGAAAGAGAAGGAUGUGGUGAGCAGGGUUGGUCAUAAAACCCUGGAUAAUGGUAAACGUGUUCGUUACCUAAUAAAGACGGGAGAAAUCAUUGACAGUGCAGAGAACUGGAAGAGAGUGGCUAAAGAAAAAGAGAAAGCAACAGAAUUAGCUGCUGCCUCUUAGGAUACCAGGUUCUCUAUAUCCGUUCAUAUAUCCCAGCAAUGUAAUAUUCUAGGAUCUGCAAUUUGUACACCUUCAUUUAUUCUUUUGACUUACUUUCAAAGGACACACAUUUGCUCCUUCCUAAAUCCUAAUAUGGUCAACUUGAUAAAA